AGCCUGAUCUUAAAAGUAGAAAGGGUGUCUGUCUUCCAAAUCCAAACUGGGUGCUGGUUCCACAGGAUCCUCCCAUCCUACUUUUCAAAUCUCUAGGAACCACAGGAGGAGGAAAAAAAAGUUGUUGGGAAGUUGAGAAGGAUUUUUCCAAGCCUGUGGAAAAAAUGGAUGCGGGAAUAGAGAAAGAAUGCAGCGCCUUGGGAGGGCUCUUCCAGCUCAUCAUGAACGACAUGAAGGCCAGUUAUCCUACAUGGGAGGACUUUGUAUCCAAAGGAAAUAAACUGCAGUCACAGCUCAGAACGACCAUCGUGGUGACCGGAGCCUUCCUGGAUGCUUUUCAGAAGGUGGCAGACAUGGCGACCGGAACCAGAGGUGCCACCAAGGAAAUAGGCUCAGCACUAACCAGGAUGUGUAUGAGACACCGGAGCAUCGAGUCCAAACUUAAACUGUUUACCACGUCCCUCUCAGAAGGUCUCAUCACACCACUGGAGUUGAAAAUGGAGGAGUGGAAAAAAGUGGCCAGUCAGCUGGAUAAAGACCACGCCAAAGAGUACAAGAAGGCCAGAGCAGAUAUCAAGAAGAAAUCUUCAGACACCAUCAAACUGCAGAAGAAGGUGAAAAAAGGGAAGGAUGAAGCUCGGGGACAAUUGGACAACGCGCUGCAGGACGUCAAUGUGCGUUACGCUGUGCUGGAGGAGACCGAGAAGCGAGCUGUGUGCAGAGCACUGAUAGAAGAAAGAGCUCGAUACUGUAGUUUUGUCAGCAUGCUGAAGCCUGUGCUGGACCAUGAGAUCAACAUGCUGGGUGAGGUGACACACCUGCAGACCAUUCUGGAAGAUCUGACAAACUUGACAGCUGAACCCAAUAAACUUCCACCAGCCAGCGAGCAGGUGAUCCUGGACCUUAAAGGUUCUGAUUUCAACUACACCUAUCAGACACCUCCAGCUUCUCCCAGUAACACUCUGUCCAGGAAGAGCAGCAUCAGCAGCUACCAGUCAGGAUCAGUGAGACAUGUUCCCUCUUUGGACUCUAUCAGCUGUGCUGUGGAUGGACUACACCUGCAGCGCUGCUCCUCCCCCUAUCUGCUCACCGGCUGCGAUGAAAGCGGUCGAUCUCUCAGCGAAGGGAACUCCCCCUCUCGCCUCGGCCGUCACGGCAGCCGUGGUCGCUAUGGUUACGCAGCUGGCUAUGGCCACCGCCCGGCUCAGAGUCGCCGCUUUAGCCGCAGGGAUUUGAAAACAGAUUCAGUUGGCUCUACCAAUCAGCUGGCCUCUGGGGGAACUGGAGGGGCGGAGAACGGCCUCUUGGCCCCUCCACACAAUGCCUACGUACAUGGAGAGCGAGCUCGCGCCAUGUCUGCAUCUGGAAAGCCUUGUUUGGCCCAGGAUCAGCUGGCAUUGUCACUGGGUGCGUUGAAUUCUGACGCCCCGAGAAGCAGCAGAGACUCUCUGCACUGUUCCAGCGGCUAUAGCACCCAAACCACCACCCCGUCCUGCUCCGAGGACACUAUACACACCCACACUGUAAAGAGAGAUCCUCCUAUCUAUGUCGACUAUGAGUCCAUCUCUCUCCACGGAGACACUGACUCCAUCUCCUUACAUCACCUCUCCCACGGCAACAGCCAGUCAGAUUUCGACAAGUCUUCGACCAUCCCGAGAAACUCUGACCUCAGAUUCCAGUACCGGGAGUUCAUCCACUCCAAGCGUCCCGCCUCUACUGUCAGCCUAUUGGCUGAGUCCGACUUGAGUGGUGGGUCUAACCGGCAGAUGCCGUCCCACACGGCAACCAUCAGGCGCAAACCUUCAUCUAAGCCACCUUAUCGCAGAGGAACAAUCAGUGGUGGGGUUCCCAUCCCCAUCUCCACCCCACAGGUUCCACUCAAAGCCCUCGGCGGAACCAGCGGAAGCGAUGAGAACGUUUUCAAAGUGCCCUCUUCUGUAGGGGUGGGAGGUUUAGGUCACAGUAAACUCUGCACCUCCACCCAGAGCCUUAGUGCUUUACCACCCUCCUCCCCAUACUACCAGAUUGUCCCAGGCCAGAUGCCCAUCCCAGUGCCCGUACCCACUGUUCCUUCGCUGCCAUCUGAGGGAGGGAACAGUGUCAAACAACAGCACCAGAGGCAAUACCAGCAACAUCAGCAAUACAGUCUACCACAGCAACAGCACAACCAGCAAUUCCAGAUUCAACAGUUCCAGCAGCAGCAACAGAUUCAGCAGCAACAGUUCCAGCAGCAGCAACAGAUUCAGCAGCAACAGUUCCAGCAAUGGCAACAACAGCAGCAGUUUCAACAUCAGCAGCAACUGCAGUUCCAACAGCCCCAGAUUCAGCAAGCCCAGCAGCUGCAGCAUCAGCACGAUCAGUAUCAGCUGCAGUUGAACCAGCAGCAGAAACAGAAGCUGUUCCAGCAGCAGCAACAGCAGCACCAGGCCUACACUACUCAGGCAGAGCCCUCCGGUGUGCCCAACAACAUCAACUACCAGCCCCAGGCUCCUCCACCCUGCAGCCAGGACCAAAAGCCUGAGCAGUUCACCCAAGAAGAAGAAGAAGAAGAAGGAGGCAGCAGAAACAUGUUGACCCUUAUUAGAGGAGUAAAGCUCAGAAGGACCAUCACCAAUGAUCGCUCUGCCCCCUCUCCUACCCCCUCCAACCAAUCACAAAUGAGGCUGACCAGCAGAUUUUUACUUCUCUGCUAAACUGUUAAGUUUAGUUUGGUUUCUGAAGAGAUAUCAGAGUGUGUCAGCACAGAGAAAACUCAAACACACUUUGAAAGUGUUGACAGAAUGAUUUUUUUUCGCUGGAACUCAACAUUGCUUGUUUUAUUUUAUAAAUUUACUUGAUUGCCCUUUUAAAUUUAUGUUUUAAGCAUUUUUGAGACUCUUCUGUUGUUGCAGCAACUGUCUUUUUGCCUUUUUUUUCAUGUAUUUUGAUUGUGGAUAAAGGUUUUGUGUGACUCAGUCUUACAGAAAGAACUUUUGAUUUGAUUAUUUUAGUUGGUACUCACUUCCUGGUCAGAAAAUGUAAUUAGGCAGAACAGGAAGCUGUUAGCGUCUUCGGCCUGGCUGUGUUUGAUUUGCUUUCUGCCUAGUCUCCCAGGAUGGUGGGGUAAUCAGUAGUUCAGUGGACCCACAGUGGUUGAACCAUGAUCGUGGAGUUUCGAAUUUACUGACUCAGGGUCAGUGAUUGUCUGGUGUAUUUGAUCUAGUUGGUUUCUGGUAAUCUCAAAGAGCCAAAUGCUAACACUCAUGACUCUGCAUCUGGCUUUAGGUUUAAAUAAGGUAGAACAAGAAAGAGUUUGAGAACACAAGGACUGGGUUUGAGACAUAUAUAUAUAUAUAUAUUUUUUGAGUGGCACAUGGUCUGAGGUCACUUGGUUGCUCUUACCUUAGAGUGGAGAUUUGUGCCACUCCUGGGACUCCAAAUGUUCCCUCUGAACGUGAGAGUUUGUGGAAUACAAUGAAAAAUGUUACUGUGGGGAAAAACUCUGGUUUGCUGUGUAAAUAAGCAUCAAAUUUUUUAGAGCAAAAAUCACAAAUAGACAGCGGUUUGUUGGCAACUUUAUGAGACAACACUGAUGUUUCAGAAGAAGCGGCUUGACAAAUGUGGGUUGCAUUUUUGCUAAACAUAGCUGGCUAUGAUGAACUGAACUGUAGAACAAAACUACCACAGGGACUGAUGGUUUGAAAGUACUUUAUAAGGUAAACGCUGCCAUGUUUCAAGACUUAAGUGAACCCCCUGAGACCACAGAAUAAGAAAUCUUUAGAUUUAUUUACACAGAUAUUUGCAUCAACAAGAAUGCUUUAAACAUCAUUUUUUAAAGAGAUAUUGUGGACAAGAUCCUAUAUGAAUACCAAGAAAUUUUCUUUUGGCAUUUCUUGUUACUUGGUGACCAACAUAUACAUUAAUCCAAAACAACUUUAAAGUAAUUGUUUGUAGUUCUUUAUUUCCACUAUUAUUGGAACCCACAGGACCUCUGCAUCAGUUUAUUCUAGUGUCUUCUGUAAAUGCAUGACUGAAUCUGGGUGGUUUGUAGGCCAUGUUAAAAACUUUGGCUGUUUUUUGUGAACCACCUACUUUAACAUAACUGCAAAGUUUCCCAGCCACACGAGGCAAUGUUGAGUGAUAAUUCAUGUUAUGCGGUUUUGAAGUCCACUUGAUAAGUGUGCAUAUCCUGGUUACAAUAUUUUAAGGAGUCCUCCUUGUUGUUGUUCCCCUGUAUAGUUAUAAGACAUCAAUGAUGCCGAUUUAAGCACAACUAACAUGUUGGCAUGAGGAACAUUGAAUAAUACAGUUUUAUUCACCGGUAGUAAAAGUUAUGCUGAAGUUAUGUUUGAGGGGCAUCAGGAGCAGAUGUAACUUGACAAUUAUUUCGAUAUUUAUAAACAGUUAUAUUAUUAUAUAAAAUGUGAGAAAACCAUAGAAAAUGUCUGUCGUUUUUCUAAAUUACUCAGAUUAUAUUAAACUAAGUUAUUUUUUCAGCUCUAGUUACAGGUUUAAAAACAGUUUUUGAGUAUUGACAAAGACCUUGUGAUUUUUCCAUAUUGACUUUUGGAAAAUUCAGAAGCUACUUAUAGCACUAUGCUUUUAUCAUUUAGACACACAAACAUUUUUCAAAUUAGUUUCUAUAAACAAAGGAUCUGCUAUAUGCAGUGAAGUUUAGGUUUUGCUUGAAGUUUUAAAUUCAACUCCACCCACUGAAAAAUCUCUGAAACAUUUUGUUUUAGCUGAUUUACUGUAAUCAACUUGGAUAAAAUGCUGCGGAGGCUCAAACUGUCGUAACUUUAAAUUAAACAUUUUUUCUACAGAGUUUGGUUGGACUGAAAUAGCUGGUUCUAUUUUUGAUCUUUGUUCCAAUUUGGUAAAAUAUUUACCUCUGCUAAUCAUGACCUUAUAAAUCUUAUAAAUCUCUUUAUUUUAUGUUUUAUUCCCUGUUUUGUUUUUGUUUUGUUUUUUUAGUUUAUAGUCCUUUAAGUCACACCUCAGAUGUUUUCAGUAAUUAAACAGUUUUGUCUUCUGAUGCACUUCAGUCUAAGGCCAUGAGAAACUGGGGGCGCUCACUUCCUGUGCUUGAACCAGAAAAAUAUAGCAUCAAGUGCAGGUUAAUAAAAGUUGACUAAAGAAAUAAUUUGGAGCUUAGCAUAUUUUACCAUGGCAGCCUCAUUACUUAGGUGUUUCCUGCUAAUACAGCUGCUAAACCGAUGUGUUGCUUCUAAAAGUUGCCCAUCUUCUUCAUUUGUGAGCUGUUAGCGUGUUGGACUCGGAUUGUCCUCAGUUAAAGAUUUGGCAAACUUGAGUGGUUAAAAUAAUUUUUGUUGGAGGAACAGCUGAUUACUUUUAUAAUAAUUUAAUGUCGUAGUUCUUCUUUUGAUUAAUCCAACAAUAAUUUAUAAAAGAUCAGGAAAUGGCACAGAACAGUCAAAUGUCCAAAAUCCAUAAAUGAUCAAAUUACAAUCUUAGAAAUCAAAGAAAAAAUUUUUUUUUUCUUUUUUUUCCUUUUGUUUUGGGGGGGCUUUUUUUAAAAAAAAAAAAAAAAAAAAAAGAUUGAUUAAUGGAUUAUUAAUUUUUCCACAUUGUUUUAAUUCUCAGCUCGAAAUUUUACAUUCUAAUAAAAUUUUAUCUCUGAUUCUUAAAACUUAAAAUUUUGGUUUAAAAAGUUUAUAUAAAACAUGGACGUAGCUUCUAUGUUUAAGUGAAUACCUGCAUUCUCGCUAACAGCCAACGGGGGGACAAAUGUUGUUAGAAAAAGAAGUCUGUGGACAAACAACCCUACUUCUUACCUGUGAUCUCCCUUUCCUGAUGAGUUGUUGGGCUCUGUCACUGCUUUGAAUACAACGUUAUUUUCAUUUUAAUUGUUCUCCUAAUUUAGUCUCAUAAAGCAAAGUGAGGUUUAGUUUAAGCUGUGCAGUGUUUCUGGGGUUCUCAGAUUGCCCCCUUGCUCGUGCCAGCAGUGGGUGAUUUCAGAGGCUACAUCCAUCUUUUAUGUACAGUCUGUGCCUAUUGGACAGAAAAUUAUAACAUGAUAGCAAUUAUGAAA